ACGAAAGUCUGACGAGCUUCAAGCUCCAAACACCUUGGGAUCCUGAUGUAGUUAGCAAGUGGAAUGGGACUGAUAGCACGGUGACUUCGGAUCGUUAUCGGGGGCCGUUCACGUUGUGGUCUCGGCUCAUCCGAAGAGGAUCCCUUUUUACGAGGAGCUGCCGGGCUCGAUCCAAGAUACCCGCCAGAAUCCAGAUGGAGGGUCAGCGAACGAUGAACCAACACAGGGCGGCUGCCGACAGCCAUUCCAAGGUGAGAUUGAGCAGCUCAUGCUAUUCCUGGGAUGGCCGCCUGAGGCUGCUUUGGCGCGUCGUCACCAGAUGCUCUGCUGAACGGCGCGUCUGCCCUUGGGUAAAUAGCGCCUUCUCGAACGACGAGCGUCUUUAUGCGUCGAACUUUCAAAACAUCCAAGACGGUCGUGCGGGGAGCCUGGAGAGCUUCUUUGGGGGGGGGACGAGCAUUUUGCCGUCAGGCGCUUGUCGAGUGUUUUCCGCACGAGCCCUGGCAGGCAGCACGACGUCUCCUGAGUUCUUGGAUCUAGCUGGCCCGAGUCCGAGCCGUGUUCCUGGCCUCCUGAGCUGCGAUCCCCCGUGCCAUGCGUGUCACCGGGCUUGUCUCCCAACAUGUCUACCCAAGUCAAGGGUUGACGAAGCCGACGUGAACGACAGCGUGGAAAUGUCCCGCAACGGGAGACCCGUCCAGCGACAAUCACCAGCGCCAUCACGCAGAGAGAAUCAACCGCGAUGGCGGCGUAGGCAGGCUGAGUUAAAAAAAGGUGUGGAUCGCCUUCUCCUUUGGUGCUUCGGCGUUGCCCGCGCCAGCCCGUGGCUCCGGCGCGUCCUCGCCUAGCCUCGCAACAGUCUAGCGUGGUGAACGUCCCCUUAACCGCCAACCCUUCUAAUUUCCCCUUCUCUCUCGUUCCUCACCAAAGUCGACCUUUUACAGCCUCUCCUCUCCCCGGAUUUCGCACGUCACCAUCGCGGUCGGUGCGAUCUCUGUUCACCUUCUCUUUCCCCAUUGUCGACUUCUGCGAAGAGCUGCCAUUCCUUUCGGCCUUCGCCCACGUUCUUUUUAGGCAUCGCCUGUCCACUCCUUAGCAUUCCCCAGUCUCAAUUCACUCCUUCUAGCUUCUAGCUUCAGCAUCGCUCUCGGUCGAUCGGACU